AGACUGCACGCUGGGGGUCAACAAGUGGGCAGCACAGGGCUCACAGACCCAAUUGCGAAUCGUUCUACGGUUUGAGAAAGCUUAAAGCGACGAGCCGAACGACCGGCCGUAUUGCUGUGCCGGAAAGCAGUUUAUAAGGCGAGGUGUGGCUGCUGUUGAAGUUUUCCUCCAUAUACCCCCUACACUUUUCACAUCACCAUGGCAAAUACACCUCACGGCGGCGUCCUCAAGGACCUGAUUGCGCGCGACCUGCCCCGCCGCAAGGAGCUCUUCGCUGAGGGCGAGACCCUGCCGGCGAUUGUGCUGACCGAGAGGCAACUGUGCGACUUGGAGCUGAUUCUGAACGGUGGUUUUUCGCCGCUCGAGGGCUUCCUCAACCAGAAGGACUACGAGAGCGUCGUGCAGACGGAGCGCCUGACAGAUGGCAAUGUCUUUGCCAUGCCCAUCACGCUCGACGUGUCGCAGCAGACCAUCGACGAGCUCGGCGUGAAGCCCGGCGCGCGCGUUGCUCUGCGCGACUUCCGCGACGACCGCAACCUGGCCAUCAUCACCGUUGAUGAUGUGUACCAGCCCGACAAGGCGGCCGAGGCACAGAAGGUCUUUGGUGGUGACCCUGAGCACCCCGCCGUCAAGUACCUCAACGAGAGCGUCGAGGCCUUCUACGUCGGCGGCAAGCUCGAGGCCAUCGACCGCCUGGAGCACUACGACUAUGUCGGCCUCCGCUUCACACCCGCUGAGCUGCGCUCGCACUUCGACAAGCUCGGCUGGUCCAAGGUCGUCGCCUUCCAGACACGCAACCCCAUGCACCGUGCUCACCGUGAGCUGACCGUCCGCGCUGCCCGCGCGCGCCAGGCCAACGUGCUGAUCCACCCCGUCGUCGGCCUGACCAAGCCCGGCGACAUCGACCACUUCACCCGCGUCCGUGUCUACCAGGCCCUGCUGCCCCGCUACCCCAACGGCAUGGCCGCCCUGGCCCUGCUGCCCCUCGCCAUGCGCAUGGGCGGCCCUCGCGAGGCCAUCUGGCACGCCGUCAUCCGCAAGAACUUCGGUGCCACCCACUUCAUUGUCGGCCGUGACCACGCCGGGCCCGGCAAGAACUCCAAGGGCGAGGAGUUCUACGGCCCCUACGACGCACAGGAUGCCGUCGAGAAGUACAAGGACGAGCUCGGCAUCGAGGUCGUGCCCUUCCAGAUGAUGACCUACCUGCCCGACACCGACGAGUACAAGCCCAAGGACGAGGUCGCCGCCGGCGUCAAGACGCUCGACAUCUCCGGCACCGAGCUGCGCAAGCGCCUCCGCUCCGGCCAGGAGAUCCCCGAGUGGUUCUCCUACCCCGAGGUCGUCCGCGUGCUGCGCGAAUCUCACCCCCCGCGCUCGCAGCAGGGCUUCACCGUCUUCCUGACCGGCUACCAGAACUCGGGCAAGGACGCCAUCGCCCGCGCCCUCAACGUCACACUCAACCAGCAGGGCGGCCGCGCCGUGUCGCUGCUGCUCGGCGACACCGUCCGCUCCGAGCUGUCGUCGGAGCUCGGCUUCAGCCGCCAGGACCGCGACACAAACAUCGGCCGCAUCGCGUUCGUGGCCUCGGAACUGACCAAGUCCGGCGCCGCCGUCAUCGCCGCGCCCAUCGCGCCCUUCGAGGGCAGCCGCAAGGCCGCCAAGGACCUCGUCGAGAAGCACGGCUCGUUCUUCCUGGUCCACGUCGCCACACCCCUCGAGCACUGCGAAAAGACGGACAAGCGCGGCAUCUACGCCAAGGCGCGUGCCGGCGAGGUCAAGGGCUUCACGGGCGUCGAUGACCCGUACGAGGCCCCCACCAACGCGGAUCUCACUGUCGAUGUGUCCAAGACGAAUGUGCGUACUGCCGUGCACCAGAUUGUGCUGUUGCUCGAGGCGUCGGGGCUGUUGAGUCAGUUGUAGACGGGGAACGGUUAGACGGUUAUGAUAUCAAGACGAAUGAAUGCAUUAGACUGGGCGCAGUCGGACUCUCAAUUGUUUCUUGUAUGCUGGAUGUGAUGUGCUUUCCUUCUACAGGCUAGAUGGGUGGAGCUCUGGUGCAGUUGCACUUGGUGAUAGUUGAUGUCUUGCAGACUAUUAGGUCGCAGAGUGAUCUUAUCUGUAAGGCCAUCUCUGUGGUUAGCAACAAGCAAUCAUCACCAGAGCGAGACAACUCAUCCACGACAGCCCACACAAUUCACCUUCCCACACCUUCCAACACUCACCUCAGUUCUGUUCCCCUUACCU